AUGGAAAACAUAAUCAAGGAGUUUGCUCUUGAAGAAUGCACGACCUGCCCUGAGGGGAACUUGUACAUAGGUAGAAUUAGGGGGAAAAAGGCUUUGUUGAUAUUCCCAAAGCAGUUGGUUCUGCCGGACACCUUCUCCCAGGUCCUGUCUCUUCCGAAGGAAAACACCCAGUCCAACGACAUAUACUAUUCCUUUAAAGCUUCUGUGCCUAUGAAUAUCGACUUCAGGCUUAUAUAUCCGGCAACAGAAGAACAUGUCAGAAAAUAUUGCUCGAAGCGUAUCUAUGUUGAAGAAACCUAUGAGGAGUACUUGGACUUUAUAAAAAGUGCCUCGCAAAUAACUUCAAACUGGAUGGACAAUCUUAUUGCACAGGACAGGAGCGAUCUUAACGAAGAAAUCAUGUAUGAGGACGAAGAGGUAAUAAUGAUCCCUGACUACAAAUGGAAUCCCCAGACAGUAGAUCUUCUUCACUUUCUGGUGGUAUUCAAGGACCCUGGCCUCAAAACAAUAAGAGAUAUAAGGGAUUACCAGAUUCUAGUAGACGCACGAGAAAAGGCAAGGAAUCUCUUGGAGACCCGGUUCGGCCUAGAUUUUAACCAUGUCUUUAUGUUCUUCCAUUAUAGGCCAACGUACUUCAGGCUACAUCUUCACGUUAUGAACAUAAAAAUGGCUCAUGAGGGAAAUGUCUCAUGUACAAGGGCCAUCCCGUUGCAUGAUGUUAUACACAAUCUACGCAUUGACAUAAAUUAUUACAAGAAAAGUAUGUUUGUAAUGUCGAAUGAAGUAAACUAA